AUGCUAUCGCCGACUGUGGCCAAGUAUCAGGUUCUAGUGACGCAAGCUGUGGCCAAGAUGUUUUACACCUGGUCCGUCAAGAUCACCCCCAAGACCAGCAUCCUUAAGACCAGCAUCCUUAAGACCAGCAUCCUUAAGACCAGCAUCCUUAAGACCAGCAUCCUUAAGACCAGCAUCCUUAAGACCAGCAUCCUUAAGACCAGCAUCCUUAAGACCAGCAUCCUUAAGACCAGCAUCCUUAAGACGGGAAAAACAAUGUAUGAUCAGUGA